UAGCAACAGUUGCUAAAGUUACCAUGCUAGCAUGUAGGUGGGAGUGCCUGCUUAAAUCUUCCCAGAUUCAGUGCCCAUAUCUUACCUGGCAGAGGCUUUCAGUACCGUCCUUUUACAUUAGGCACAUACCUGCUACCUAGUAAUGGCAAAUUAUUUAAUUUCAACCAGCCUCUAGCAUUGUCCUAAAACCUUGAGCCUCUUUCUAGCUUUCUUAAAAUUUCUAGCUUUCCUUAGAAGUAUCUUUCUGAUCCUAAGAAUAUUUUAACUACGUAUGGUAAAAGACAAACUGAAUUAUGAUCAGAAAUUCGACUUACACAAAUUUUGUUUGCUGUGCUGUUUGUAAUAAAAUAGUUCCACCACCCCCCUUUGGUGAAAUCUUCAAAAAGAUCCAUGACUACAAGCCAUUUAAGACACGCUUUUACACUCACAAAGAUAUACUGGAUAUCGGAGCAGAUAUUCUAAGUAGAGAAGAGCAUUUUCAAGAGGCCUUAGUCAAAGAACUUAUUAAAAAAGCAGAAGCUGAAGUAUGGAUUAAGGCUGAUGAACGCCAAAAACUAGCAGUGGAGAAAGCUCUUGAAGAAGCAAAUGACAGACACAAAAUUUACAUAAAGAUUCUGGAAGAGGAACAUCAAAAAAACUUAAAGGAAAUGGCAGCUAAAACCAAGAUAGAAGUGCAUCAAGACAUGGAAGAUGAAAUGAAGAGAGAGCACAUGGCUGCGGAACAGCGCAUGGUCCAUAGAAUCCAAAGGAUCAUGAUGGAGUGCCACAGGGAGAAGGUCCUCGCUGUGGAGAAAGCCAGGGCUGAAGAAAGACUGAUUGCCCAGCAAGCAAUUGAGGCCCAGAAAAGGAAAGCACUGGAGGAACUUAUGGCUACUGGUAUGACAGUUAUUAAGGAUCAGAAGAAGAGUGUAAACCAAAUGAUAAAGAACAAAGAACAUGAAAUAAACAUCUACUAUUGCUUGGCUCAGAAAAAGAAGCAAGAAGAGGCUCAGGAAGUGCUUCAAGAAGCAGAGAAAUCACAUCAGGCAUCGCUUGAAAAUGUGAUGGAUAAACUGGUGAACACUCAGGGGGAGCUGCUGUCUAUAGCAAAACAACUGGGAAUUAUGACAAAUUGGAAAGAUUUCCUGGAGGAGGAAUUACAGGAAACAAGGGCUGCAUUUCAGAAAUACAUCAAUUAUACAUUUCCUAAGCUUUCCCCAGGGCAUGCAGAUUUUAUUAUGCCAGAAAGAAAGAAAACACCUGCCAAUCUUGCUCAGGAGAAUGACACAACUCUUGAUUAGAACUCUUGGACUGAAAUUUCACUACAAAAGACUUUGUUGCAAAGAUUAAAUAAAUGCACUCAAAAACCGUUCAUUGAUCUCUGGCUAUAUGCAGAGUACUAUUGGGUUGUGAGCAUUGUGAUGGAUUAAAAAAUACUCAAAUGCACAUUCUAGGCUAGAGUGAAUUCCAAGUCUAAGGAGAAAAAACAGGAAUCGAAACUGAUCAGUAUGGG